AUGACUGAUCCAAUACGUAUAUUAGUUAAACGUGAUGAAUUGACACUUGAAGGUAUAAAACAAUUUUUUGUUGCUGUUGAACGUGAAGAAUGGAAAUUUGAUACAUUAUGUGAUUUAUAUGAUACAUUAACAAUAACACAAGCAGUUAUUUUUUGUAAUACCAAACGUAAAGUUACUUGGUUAACGGAAAAAAUGCGUGAAGCUAAUUUUACUGUUUCAUCAAUGCAUGGUGAUAUGAAACAAGAAGAACGUGAUGCUAUUAUGAAAGAAUUUCGUGCUGGUGAUACACGUGUACUUAUAACAACUGAUGUUUGGGCUCGAGGUAUUGAUGUUCAACAAGUUAGUUUGGUAAUUAAUUAUGAUCUUCCUAAUUCUCGUGAAUUAUAUAUUCAUCGUAUUGGUCGUUCAGGUCGAUUUGGUCGCAAAGGUGUUGCUAUAAAUUUCGUUAAAAAUGAUGAUAUUCGUAUCUUACGAGAUAUUGAACAAUAUUAUGCAACACAAAUUGAUGAAAUGCCAAUGAACGUAGCUGACCUUAUUUAA